AUGUCGUGCGAGGAGAGCUACUUAGCCAUCCAGCGCUAUCUUACGGACGAACGAGAGCCCUACGCGCCAGGAACUAACGGCAAUACCAAGAGAAAGAUACGUAAGGCAGCUGCAUGUUACAUAGUGCGAAACGGUAUCCUUUAUUACCAGCGUCGCCAAAAGGGCCUGGACGAAUUUACCGAGUUGGAAGUGGUGCUACAGGCCGGGCGGCGGAAGGAACUUAUAGAUGAGGCGCACAUUACCUCCGGAGGGGAACACCUCAACCAACAUCAAACUUGGGAAACAAUCUCUCAGAAAUACUGGUGGAGAGGAAUCCUGAAGCAAGUAAAGGAUUACAUCAGGGAGUGUAGCCAUUGCCAAAGCAAGCAGGAGCGUGGCAGGGGAAACGGAGAUGACGUUUCAGGCCAAACUGCAGCGAGACGACCCGGGAGGCGCAGGACCGCUGCUGCUCACUUCAGUGAUGAGGAGGAAGAUGAGGAAGAAGAUGACAUGGAUGGAUUUGGAUCUUCUGCUCAGGCCAAGACCAAGACCGCCAGCGCGGUGGAUAAGCACGAGCUGGUCUUUGUUGAUAGCAAGGGUGUAGUGAAACAGUUCCUGCCCAAACAUGGACAGACGACGCUGGACAAACUCAACCAGCAGCGUCUUGGCAAUCAGUUCUGUGACAUUACUUUGCUGAUUGAGGGAGAAGAGCAUCGAGCGCACAAAGCCGUCUUGGCUGCCUGCAGCGACUAUUUCUACGAACUGUUUGUGGAGAAAGGAGCCGUGUCCAGUCACGAGGCUGUGGUGGAUCUUUCAGGUUUCAGUAAAGCCAGUUUCCUUCCACUGCUUGAGUUUGCCUACACUUCCCAGCUGACCUUCAACUUCUGCGUCAUGGCGGAAGUGGCCACCCUAGCCCGUCACCUGCUAAUGGCCGAGGUUCUCCAGAUCUGCGAGUCCGUCCACCGGCAGGUGGAGGAGCAGAAACUUAUGGUCUAUCAGAGAGGAGACGUCCAUACUGUGGUCUCUGCCCAGCCUGCCCCUGCCUCAGAAGAUCCCAGAGCUUACGUGGUGACGGUACAGAGCGACGGCCAAGCGUUGGUCACCCACACUUCGCCCGCAGAUGCAGAGCAAACAGUGACGGUCCUCAAAGACGACGACGGGACCGCGGAGACCUUGGCUCUGCUCGCUCAGUGUGGCCAGGCGGUGGAUGGAGAAGCCAUGACAGUGGUCACGCACUCAGGCCAGGCCGGUUCAGCGGAGUCCCUGGCCGUGGUGGCCCACAGCGGGGAGGUGGAGGCUGGUGAGACCAUGACGGUGGUCACGCACUCGGGCCAGGCUGGUUCGGCGGAGUCCCUGGCCGUAGUGGCCCACGGUGGGGAGGUGGAUGCUGGUGAGACCAUGACCGUGGUCACCCACACUGGGCAAGCAGGUUCAGGUGAGUCCCUGGCUGUGGUCCAGGCUUGCUGGAGUGUGGAGGAGCCACAGGUGGGUGACACUCCCAGCACUGAGAGCAUGGAGCCUGGGGCUUUUCUCAUCAACGUGGACCCUGGAAGGGUUGCUCCUACCGAGGUAGUGCACUUGGCAGCUUCAGCUCCUCCAGCUGUUCAAGAGGAGCCAAUACCACGGGCAGUGGAACCUCCACCUCAGCCCAAGCCUACUCCACCACCAGCUCCACCCAGACGGAGAGGGCGUCCUCCGAAGGUGAAACAAGCAGCACCUCCAGUCGAGGAGCCAGAAAAGACGAAAGUGGAGGAGGUGGGACCUGCUCCAGAGGAAGAAAUGAAAAAGGAGAUGCAGGACAAUGUGGUGGAGGGCCCAAACAGGAGGAGCUCAAGGAAGCGCUUUGUAGGGGAGGGAGGCUACGUCCGCCUUCACAUGGGUCUGGAGAGUGAGGAAGAGGAGGAGAAGAAGGGAACCAGCACAGUGAAGGUCACACAAAAGAGAGGAGAAAUUAGGAAAGGUCGUUUGGCGUCGUCGGUGAAGAGACGUAUCACAGAUGACGGCGCUGAGGCAGGGACAGAGUCGGUCCCUGACGGGGUGAAGGAGGACACCGAGGGGGCGGAGCCAGCACCAGAGGAGGCGGGGCCUGCGGAGGGGGAGCCUGAGAGUGCUGUAGAUGGAGAACAUGCGUGUAAUGAGUGUGGCAUGGUGUUUUUGAGACGUUACUCCCUCAUCAUGCACACGCUGAAACACGAGAAGUCACGUGGCUACAAGUGCACUCUGUGUAAUAAAGAGUUCCAGUACGCCGCCUCUCUCCGCGCUCACCUGGCGCGCCACAAACACCAAAAGAGUCAGAGAGCCCCUAUGAGCAAGGCUUCCGCCGAGGACAGCGCGGGGUCAGAGGGUCAGGCCAAGGGUCGCACCAAACGAGAGUUUGUGUGCGACAUCUGUGGAAAGACUCUACCCAAGCUCUACUCCCUGCGUAUCCACAUGCUGAACCACACGGGCGUGCGUCCGCACGCGUGCAGGGCAUGUGGCAAGACGUUUGCCACUAAACACAGCCUGAGAAUGCACAAAGUGCUGCACGACGCCACAAAGAGAUUCCACUGCUCCAUCUGUGACAAGACCUUCGUCAGUAAGAGGAGUCUGGAGGAGCACACCAGCAUUCAUACAGGUGAGUCCAAAUACCUCUGCACUACCUGUGGGAUGUCUUUCCACCGAGCGUCUGGACUAAGCAAGCACCUGAAAAAACACCAGCCCAGACCAGAAGUACGCGCAUUCGCCUGCUCCCACUGUGAUAAGAGUUUCUAUGAGGCAAAGGACCUGCAGCAGCACAUGAAUAAGCACCUGGGUCUUAAGCCCUUCCAGUGCCAGGUGUGUGGCAAAUGCUACAGCUGGAAGAAGGACUGGUAUUCACACGUUAAGUCGCACUCUGUCGCCGAGCCCUACAAAUGUAAUGUGUGUGGGAAGGAGUUCUAUGAGAAGGCCCUGUUCCGGAGGCACAUAAAGAAAGCCACGCAUGGGAAAAAAGGCCGAGUGAAACAGAACCUGGAGAGAGAGUGUGAGCACUGUGGCCGCAAGUUCACCCAGCUCAGGGAGUACAGACGCCACAUGAACAACCAUCAGGGAGUGAAGCCAUUUGAGUGCCUCACCUGUGGUGUGGCGUGGGCAGAUGCCCGUUCCCUGAAGAGGCACGUGCGCACACACACAGGCGAACGCCCGUACGUUUGCCCUCUGUGCCAGGAGGCCCACAUCGACGCACGCACGCUUCGCAAACACAUGUCAAAGUACCACGGCGACCAGCUGCCGGGCAAAAUCAUGCUAGAGAAAGACACUUUGCAGUUUCACAACCAGGGCACUCAGGUGGAACACGCUGUCAGUCUCCUCCCACCGGACCUGCCCCCUGAACUCCGCCCCACGCAGGCCGCGCCCACCGAGGAAAUUGAGACGGUCCUCAUCACCGAGGAAACAGUGGAAGCCAUGGGGGCGGUUCAGGCCGUUAGCGAGGGUACCGUGACGACGCUGUCAGAUCAGAGCAUCAUGCAGGUGGUGAACUACGUCCUUGCCCAACAGGCGGGACUUCCUGGUGGAGCUAAGAUGGAGGAGGCGGGCGACAUCAUCCAGACGAUGGAGGUGGAGGUGGCCCACGUGGCCGAAGUCGCGGAGGUGGAGUGAGGGACAGAUGGAUGUUGGGUCGAAUCCUAGAGCCUGGAUUUAAGUCUCAGCUAAAACAUUUUAGGGGCCACCUUAGAAGUUUACUGCUGCAGCUCUGUAUCCUCAAUGAAAUGUAAAAAUAAGACUGUGCAUUUAUUAUCGUUAUUAUUAUUAUUAUUAUUUUUCUGGGUAUGAAAUGUACUUCAGCGGUAGACGCAAGGGUGAUUACGAAGCCCCUUUCCAGCUUGAUUGUGUAUCAACACACGAGUGUGUAUAUAUGUAAAUAUAUAUAGUCAACAUUUGGAUGAAAUGCUGCCCUGUAAAAUUUGGAUUUUUGAUGUAGCACAGAUUCUGCUUAUCACCAAGUACUUGA